GGAUGCAGGAUGGAGAGUGUUGGAGGGUGGACAUCGCUUGUUUCUCCUUGCAGGGCGUGUAGGCGGAGGUGAAGGGGGCUUUUGUGGAAACCCUGAGGACUUACUUGGUGUGUGUAUGGGGGGGGGCAUGGAAGUAAGAUUUCAGCUCAAAUUACAGGGAUAAGACACCGGAAGUGGAAUGGCUUUCUUUACUUGAAAAGCCCGGGGAAGAGUUGUUUGAUUAUGUCUCGUGUCUGCUGGAUCAUUUAGCCAUAGUGAUUUCAGAGGAGUCCAGGAGAAGUGUAGGAUCCUCCGUCUGUUUAAAGCUCGCAGUUUUUACGUACAGAUUUUAAUUUGUGUGAUGAUACAGACUUGUCCUUUUCUAUGACUUCUGAGAAAGCCAAAAACUAAAACUGGGGGAAAUGAAGAAGGGUGUCAUAGGCAGGAACGAUUUGCAACACAUCAAAUUUUGUCAUCAAAUGAAAUAAGGUUUCCUGUAUUUUUAAGAGACAUCUGACGAGGAGACCCAAGACAACCAAAGAACAGUUGAAGGGCCCGGGUAUAUCUGCCAUGAGGGGACAUGGGUGCUGCUCCAAAUAGGAAUCUGCUGCAUGUGGAAUGGGAGUCCUGAUGUAGCAUGAGGGUCCACAGAUGGAAACCUCGGGGAGAUAGGUUUCAACCCCAUGUGGCAAGAGCCAUGCAAUUCUCCAGCUCAGCCAGGGCAGCGGAUGAGAGCUUUGACUAUUUGUUCAAGAUUAUCCUCAUCGGGGAUUCCAACGUAGGGAAGACGUGUGUGGUGCGGCAUUUCACGUCCGGGGUCUACACCGAGGCGCAGCAGAGCACCAUUGGCGUGGACUUCACUGUGUGUGCCCUGGAGAUCAACGGCAAGAAAGUGAAGAUGCAGGUGUGGGACACUGCAGGCCAGGAGCGCUUCCGGACCAUCACCCAAAGCUACUAUCGCAGUGCCCACGCGGCCAUCAUUGCCUACGACCUCACCCGGCGGUCCACGUUCGAGUCUGUUCCUCACUGGAUUCACGAGAUAGAGAAAUACGGGGCGGCAAACUUGGUCAUCAUGCUGAUUGGGAACAAAUGUGACAUGUGGGAAAAACGGCACGUCCUGUUUGAGGACGCCUGCACACUGGCUGAGAAAUACGGCCUCCUGGCUGUCUUGGAGACGUCUGCCAAGGAGUCCAAGAACAUCGAUGAGGUCUUCGUGCUGAUGGCCAGGGAGUUGAUGGCACGCCACAGCCUGCCUUUGUACGGGGAGGGCACCCUGGGCAGCCUCCCCCUGGAUUCCAGUCCUGUCCUCACGGCCCCGGGGCCGAGGGAGAAGAGCCAGUGCACUUGUUGAGUAUGUUCCCCGGGCCGGUGGCACCCAGCAGAGGCCACCUCCGAAGCCAAGGGCAGCGGACGGCCUUGUGUCUGCGGAGUAGACCUCGGACCCCAGUGCGGACUUGCGGCUGGUCCUACUCCUUCCUGCCUGGUGGGGGGGCACCCUUUUGCCUCAGUUCACACCAGAGGGGGAAACCCUGACUCUGAGGAUGGAGGACACCACUGUUUUUCUUGACUUUUCCUAGGACUCAAGGCCCAGCAGUAGGAGGACAAGAUUUGUUCCUUUUCAUUUUUCCCUUUUCUAUCUCCCCAACCCUUCAGCUGUUUUCUACUGAACUCUGCCUCUCACUUGAAGAAGAGGGUAGUGAAGGAAAGAAGAAAAGAGAAGUAGAAGUAGGAAAGAAGACAGGGGAGAAGAUGUCUGGAACAUUGCAGAGUGGUUGAAAACAGUGUGGGCGUGGGAAGAUGGGGAAAAAGCCUGCAAUGAUGAACCAGAUGCUGUUAACUUCUGCUUCCUGACAUUCACACCUCGGGUCUUAGUUUGGGGGGCAAAGCUUUUUGACCUAAAGACCAUAAAUACGGUCUUGCCAAAUGGUCAGGAGCCAUGUGAUGGAGAGAGAAUUAGAUUUCACUUUAUCCGAGUUGGGUGGAUUGGACCACCCUCCUAGGAUGAGGGAGAUGCCUACAAUUUCUUUCCAAAACACCCAAUCAUCUGGUGGAUCAGAAGUCAUUUCUGAAUUGAAAUUAAAUUGGCUCAUAGACAAAUAUCAAACCAGUACUGACCUUGCUGUAUGGCCGGGGCGUGCUGUGUACCCUCUGGAAGCUGUGAGUCAUAACCCUUGUGUCUGCAAAGCUCCCUGAUGGUUGCUGCUGAGGGUGUCUUACAAUCCUAAUAAGAACUGCAGGUGUUGGUCCGGCCACAACAUCAGCUCUGAAAGAGGAAAUGUCUGUCCGGGGCGCACCCAGGGUGCAGGUGGGUCCCCCCCAGGCAUUUCUAGCUGCAGCACUGUUAACUGCAGGCUGAGACCAGCGCAAAACAAAUAGCCACCAGCCACGUGUGACUGAGUACUUGAAACUGGCUAAUUUGAAUUUGAUGAGCUCUGAAUGUAAAAUACAUACCAGAAUUUGAAGAUGUAUUAUGAAAAAUAAAAUGUAAAGUAUCUUCCUAAUAAUUUUUAUAUUGAUUAUAUGUUAAAAUGAUAUUUUAGAUUAAUAUUAU